CUUUUCCCUGCCACCUCCUUACUUCUUGCUUCUCGUUCUCAGCUGCUUGGGAGCUUUUUGAUAACUCGCAAACGACCAUGGGACAGUAUUCCCCAUUAAGAUAUGACCACAAGGAGUUUCGUCUUCUCAAAGUCCGACCCCCGAUCUCUUCCGAAUCCAAUAUCUCCUCCCAGUCUCUUCAGGUAUCACUCAUCCAAUGCGAUCUAUUCGUUGCCUCUCGAGUAGAUCCACCUGACUACCUGGCAUUGUCUUAUACCUGGGGCGAUCCAAAUAAGGUUGUCCCGAUACAAGUCAAUGGCAGCACACGAAAUGUCACCCUCAACCUUCGCACUGCGCUUGAGCACAUCCGACGAGAGCACGAAGAAGUAGUCAUCUGGGUCGACGCAAUUUGUAUAGACCAGACCAAUUUUGAAGAGAAGAGUGACCAAGUCCAAAUUAUGACUGAGAUAUACGCUUCUGCCCAGUGCACGAUUGUGUGGCUUGGACUAGCAGGAGAUGGAAGCGAUGAAAUAAUCAAGAAAGUGAAUGAAAUUGGCGGGAAACUUGCAAAGCGGAAUACCAGAGAUGGUACGACUCUUCCAAGUUUGACGGAUCUGACGUCCGAGUUGCUCUUGGUUCCAAGAGAGACUGUCGCAGGUUCAAAGCGAUCCCAUUCCUUGACUGAACAGAUAGACGAGCAGAUAGGGAAAUUAGUUGAGGAAGCCAAGCAGGACAUUCCCGGAACUAUCGCCUCCCUUGAAGCAUUUGGCAAGCUACAGAACCGAGACUAUUGGAGAAGGGUCUGGGUUCAUCAAGAGUUCAUCGUCUCAAGGGACAUCGUCAUCCAAUGUGGCAACUCAAAUAUCGAAUUUUCAAAGUUCAGUGACGCGAUAUUAUACUAUGCUCAAAUUCAGUUCAAGGUUGCAACAACGCUCUCUGCAAGUUUGCGGAAUUUGUUGAAGAAUUCACCGCCAACUAUCCAGGCAAAAAUAAAUCGUUGGAUAAUGGAUAAAUGGCCAGAGAGCAACAACGACCCCGAUCUAGAACAAUACAAAGCUAUUUUGAACUCAUUCAACAACCUUUGCAAAUUUCGGACUCCUCUACCAGCUUUAUUCGGAAUGCGUCGCUCAUAUCACAAACCUCGGACGGGAGACAGGCUCAAUAGCUUCACUUUGAUAGCGAUACUAUCUUCGGUCUUCAUUGGUGGAACUGCAGAAGCGACUCAAGCAAGAGAUCGUAUCUACGGCAUGCUUGGAAUGGCAGACGACAGGAAGGAACUCGGUCUUGUGCCUAAUUACGAUGAAGCAGUAUCAGACAUCAAGGUUUAUACAGAUGCAGCGCGUGCUAUGAUUACAGCAGGGCGUGUUGAUCUGCUUUCUCUAUCACAGCACCGAGCCCAUCUGGACAAAGACACAGGCCAGCAAGAGGAAAAGAGUUUCCCGUCGUGGGUACCAGAUUGGAGCAGGCCUAUCGUACGACAAAGUGGACACACAACUUUCGCCGUUUCCGGUAACGUACCCUUCAACAUAUCUCCCAGUCUCACGAAUCGUAUUCCGGGACAAAUAGGAUUACUCGGCUGGACAAUCGACACAAUUGAGACGAUAUUGCCAGCCUGGAUCGACCCAGACAUCCAAGGCAGCGGCAACAAAGAAAACGCCGACAUCUUCCUCACUAACAUAAAAAUACUCUGCUUAGCAUCAACCGCUAAGCUGGGCGUCACAGGCCACGAAAUCUACGCUCGAGUUGUAGAUCGAAAAACAGCUCACUUCCGCAUCCCAAUCGCAGACCAAGAGCGGAGCGAUGGUGGACACAUUCGUCGCGCGACAGAAAACUCAAGAGAUGGUUACAGUUGGGUCAACAAGCCCUUGCUGGGUAUAUUGCAAACGCAGGGGAUAGAGGAGAUGAAUGCUAUUUCGAUGAAAUGUAUGAAAUACCUGGAAGCUAUGAGACUUCAAAAAUCUCGUCGCCCGUUCCUCUCGAUUUCGGGGUAUGUGGGGCUGGUUCCUGAGUUUACGGAGGAGGGAGAUGUGCUUGUUGUGUUUUGCGGGGCAAAGUUUCCUUAUGUCUUGAGGAGGAAUGGUGAUGAGACGUAUAAGUUUAUUGGGGAGGCUUACGUUCAUGGAAUUAUGGAUGGUGAAUUUGUGAAAACUGCAAGGGAAGCAAAGGAAUUCGUCUUACAAUAAAUAACGGAUGAAGCUCACCGGUGGUUGUGUCAGUGACGGGAGCUAUAUUUGGGCUCUCGAAAUAAUGGUAUAAUACAACUUUCAAUGGUCAGGCAUGCUGAAGUAAACGUAGAAUCCAAAGGUUAUAUAAGCUACGAGG